CGGCGGCCAUGAACGCAUCAGUGCAGCCUCCGUGGGUCCGUGCAGCAGCUCCUCCGUGGCUCCGCUCAGAACCGUCCAUCAGUCCGUCGUAAAAACACCCAACAUCACCGUCUGUCCACCGGGAAGAUGCCCGCCUCUCUACCCGCCUGAUGCUCCUGUCGCCGUGAACGUUCCCGAACUCGCCCGUUUUUUAGUUUUUGUAAACCCGGGCUAGCGCGAAGCUAGCCAGCUAGCUCGAUUCGCCAUAAUGAACUCCAACACGCACGUCAUCCAGGUGACAAACGUCUCCCCGAGCACGACGUCCGAGCAGAUGAGGACCCUGUUCGGCUUCCUGGGGAACAUAGAGGAGCUCAAACUGUUUCCACCGGAUGACUCUCCCUUGCCUGUGACUUCACGUGUCUGUUUUGUAAAAUUCCUUGAGUCUGAGUCGGUGGGAGUUUCCCAGCAUCUGACCAACACCGUCUUCGUGGACCGGGCCCUGAUCGUGGUUCCUUUCGCUGAAGGAGUGAUUCCUGAUGAAUCUAAAGCUAUGUCGCUGCUGGCUCCAGCCAAUGCUGUGGCAGGAAUGAUGCCUGGGGGAGGCCUCCUUCCAACACCCAAUCCUCUGGCUUCUAUGGGAGGGACGCCUUUCGGAGGUCUGGGAGCUCCCAACAUGGAGCAGAUGGCUGCCAUGGGAAUGCCAGGACCCAACAUGAACCCCCAGGCUCUUUCUGCAGAUUUCCUGAAGCUCAUGCAGUCCAUGGACCCCAAGUUGAACCCGUUGGCGGCUGGACUGAACCUGAACCCAGGACUGAAGACCGACGCCUCCAACAAGGAGAUAGAAGAAGCCAUGAAGAGGGUCAGGGAGGCCCAGUCCCUGAUCUCUGCAGCCAUCGAACCUGGAAAUAAGAAAGACGACAAGCGUAAACAUUCCCGCUCUCGUUCGAGGUCACGACGCCGACGCUCCAGAUCUCGCUCACGACACAGACGUUCCAAGAGCAGAUCUCGACGUCGCUCUCAUUCCAGGAGUCGGAGGAGGUCCAAGAGUCCACGCAGGAGGAGAUCUCACUCCAGAGACAGAAACCGUCGCAGCAGAUCCAGGGACAGGAGGAAGGAGGAGAAGUCCAAGAAAAGGUCCAAGACGCCUCCCAAGAGCUACAGCAGCGCCAGGAGGUCCAGGAGCAUCAGCAGGAGACACCGUCGGAGUCGUUCUGCUUCCAGAUCUCCCAGGAGGAGGCUGUCCAGGUCUCCAUCACUCAGACGCCAUAAGAAGGAGAAGAAGAAGGAGAAGGAGCGAGAGAAGGAACGAGAACGAGACCGGAGGGACGACCGAGACCGAAGCCGAGACGAACGAGAACGAUCGACGAGCAAGAAGAAGAAGAGCAAAGACAAAGAACGAGAACGAGAGCGAGACAGGAAGUCUGACAGCGAGAAGGGAGACGUGAAGGUGAGCCAGGUGACUCGUGACUACGACGAGGAGGAGCAGGGCUACGACAGCGACAAGGAGGGAGAGGAAGAGGACGACGAGAGGAAGAGCGACUCGGACUCGGCGUCGUCCCCCAAAGGUCCGGAGGAUCCGGAACGAGCCGAAAACCCCAAGAAGUCCAAAGUGAACGGAGACGACCACCACCAGGAGGACAUGGAGAUGAGCGACUGAGGAGACGUUUUGUAAACCAUCACCGGUUUUAAAUGGUCAUCGCUGUACUUUUUAAACAUGUUUCUGUUGCCUUUUUCCUGACGGUAGAACCUGUAAAUACUGCAGUACUUCCUGUUUUAAUGUCGUGUUUCCUCUUUCCGAGCCUUUCUGAGUGUAGAUCCACCGUGUUGUUGCAGCCAAACGUCGUCUGGAAGCUUUUCCACUGGAAACUAAUAAAACUGGCCUCAAACGUC